AUGGUUGGAGCGAAGCGCAGCGCCAGCAGCGCACCAGACCGGCGUAUGAACAGCAAGAAACCACGCGUCAACGUCUUCAGCAGUCAUGGCAUGCUCACUCGCGGUAUCACCACCGCGAUGACCCGCAACGCCGUGCUCAACACGUCAGAGCUGCUGGUGGGUAUCUUGCAGUACCUUCAUAUCUCCGAUUUGGUCGCUUUCCGCCGGGUCAACAAAUACUUCAAGGCAACCAUCGACAGCAGUCCGCAGUUGCAGAUCAACAUGUUCCUGCGCAGCACCACGAGUUGCAAGCGUUUUUGGCUAUACAACCAUGCCACCGCCAGCGUUUACCCAUACGUACGGGGUGAUGCCCAGCGAUACGGCGACAAGUGGGUCGUAGGCCAUUCAGUCAUGCGGCCUUCAACUCUCAACCCACUGCUUUUCAAGACCGACGAAGAAGAGCGCCGACCUCCACUGAAAUGUCGCGCUCGCAACUGCGAGAGCAUUCGCUUUACUCAGCGCCCAGACGUCUCUCGGUCCAAACAGGAUUCGAUCUUCCAUCGCAUGUUCAUAUGCCAGCCACCAGUCGCUUUCGUCGAGUUUCAGAUUACUUACAACCCCAACAAGUCCUCGCGUCGUCGUGCCAUCGACGGUUGGCGUUACCCUGAUUUACCCAUCCGCGGCAAAGUCAGGAACAAGAAAGGCGUCACAUUCGGCGAUCUCAUGAAGAAGAUACGCGAAGAGAUCAAGGAGCGCACGCCCGAGUACCUCCCAAGCAGCGGCUUUCGCAUUCACGUUUCCGACAAGAGACAGAGCCGAUUGUCUCAGGUUUGGAUGCUUGGCGCCAUCUUGGUCAGCGAGGAAGAGAAGAAAGUUGUCGAAGGGGAUGUUGAAGACCCCAGACGCGUGUCGCCACUGGCGGAGAAAAUGCGCAAGCCAGAAUUCCUGCGCGAUGAGGCCGAAGAUAUCAAGAAGAGCCAUGGAUGCUGGAGCAGAGGAGAUUACGAGUUUGCUGGCGAUCCUGAGAUGAGCGAGGAGAUUCGUGUGAAGUAUGAGGACGGAGGUGUCCAGAUGGAUAUUUGA